GCACCAUUUUCCGUAACAGGAGAGAAUAAAAUGCGCCCGUAGCCCGCCUCCCGAGUCAGCUGUUCUCGCUGUAAACAAGAGGACGAGCAACACAGACAUACUUCCUCCUUUUUCUACAUCAUUUAUCAACGUUGAAAGUUACAGCAACUCAAGAGUAUGUCUCUUGAUGGAGAAGAGCAAGAUGAUGAAUUGCUGGCCUUAGCAAGCAUAUAUGAGGACUCUUUUGUCUCAGCAUUGGACCAUGAUGCAGAGGCAGACUUGGCUGUGAAAGAUGAGGUCUUAAAAGGAGGAGAACUUGCUAUACACUUAGAUUUACCUCCUGAGUUCUCAGUACUUUCUAAAAGAGUGGGGGAUAAUGAUGAAGUGCUUGAACAGAGGCUUGUGGUGGAACAUUUGCCUCCACUCUACCUUCACUUCACAUAUCCCUCCACAUACCCCUCGGAGCAUCCACCAAAUUUCACACUCUCCUGCAAGUGGCUUAACCGUGCACAGUUAACUCAGCUCUGUACCCAGUUGGAUGCUCAAUGGGAAGAAAACAAAGGAAGUGUUAUCAUGUUCACCUGGGCGCAGUUCCUGAAAGACAGCAGUCUUGAAAGCCUUGGUUUUACAGAUGAAUUAGAUUUAGAUGUUAUUAAGCCUAUCCAAGGCAUGAACAUUGGUGAUGGGCCAUUGCAACAGGAAGUUCAGGGGGAAACUGGUGCUAAUGGAGAUGAAGGCAAAAUCUGUGAUAAUUCCCUUAGUGAUAAUAGUGGCGAAACUGAAGGCGCUGCCGUUGUAACUGCAGCAAGACGAGGUAGCCUGAGCCUUGAUUCUCGAACUAUUCAGGACAUCGCUCCAAACACAAAUAUGCUCAGAUUGCUGCGUGACUAUGAUGAAGACAUGAGAAGGAAAGUCUUCAGUAAUAAGAAUUUUGAAUGUAAAGUUUGCUUUAUGGAUAAGCUAGGGAAUCAUUGUUUAGAAUUCUGGCCUUGCCAUCAUGUAUAUUGCAAAGACUGUAUGGCAUCUUAUUUUGAGGUGCAGAUCAAUGAGGGAAACAUCAAGUUCCUCAGAUGUCCUGAGGAUGACUGUGAAUCAGAAGCCAACCCAAAACAGGUUCAAGAGCUUGUCUCAGAAGAUAUGUACAAGAGAUGGGAUGAAAUGUUGCUCAACACUACACUGUCUGCAUUGGGUGAUAUCCAGCCUUGCCCAAGGAUGCAUUGCCAGUAUCCUGUGACUAUAGAGGAAGGCCAAGGGACCUGUCCUUCGUGCAAGUUUGUCUUUUGUGGUUUGUGCAGAUUUGGAUGGCAUGGGAUUGAGCCUUGUAAGCUGAAGAAGACUGAAGCAAGGCAAGCCUUAGAUCUGUAUGUAAGUGGAGACGAGGAUGCCAAACGGGAACUGGAAAGAAGAUUUGGCAAGAAGUACAUGGAAAUGCUGAUGAACGAGUACCUUUCCCUGAACUACUUGGAAGAGAAUGCAAAGCAGUGCCCCAAGUGCUAUGCCAAGAUUGAGAAAAUCGAUGGCUGCAACAAGAUGACUUGCCAGCAGUGUAGCAACUACUUCUGCUGGCUCUGCAACAAAGUGCUCAACAAAUUCAGGCCAUAUGAGCACUUCAAUGACAAAAGGUCCCCCUGCUUUGACAUGCUUUUUGCUGGGAUGGUUGAUGACGAGAUUGGCAUAUCAGAUGACGAGGACGAGGAGAUUAAUGACAUUGAAUGAGUGGGGAAAAGUUAAACACAGAUGUUACUUUGAAAUGGUGUGUGUCUUUUUUUUUUUUUAUAAGUAUUGAAUCAGUGAGAUUGGCUAUAUACUGUAUGUUGCAUUUUUCAUUUUCAUUUCUUAUAAAACUUAUUAAUAUUGUCACUUUGUUUUGUGUGUAUAUUCAUGAAUUAAUUGCCUAUUAUUAUUAUUAUUUUUUUUUUUUUAGAUUAUUAUUAUUAUUACUUUUUAUUAUAAUCAAUAACAUUAUUACACAUUAUCAUUAUUAUUGCAAUCAUAUUAUAUUAUUUUUUUAUUAUUAUUAUUAUCAUUAGUAAUAUCAGUCUUACCAUUAGUGAUUCUCAUUAUAUUUUAAUUAAUAUUAUCAAAAUGUACUACUAUUGCCCUCACAAAUCAUGAUCAUUACUAAACAUCAUCACUACCAUUAUCCCUUGCAAGAGUGUAAACCCAUAUUAUUACUGUAAUUACAAGCUUAUAAAUGCUGCCGCCCCGUCCCCAUAGAAAGAGAAAAAGGGAAAUCAGUCAAAGAUAAGGAUAAACUCUAGAUUUCUACUCUUGAGAAUUAUAAUAACAGCGCACUUUGCCCGCCAGUGUAAGCAAUCGUUGGAGUUAAUGAGCAACAGUAGUGUUUUUCAUUAUGGAAGGAUUGUUCACAUACAUAUGGUGUAAUAAGUAAGUAAUUAUAUAAAUUAUGCUAAUUAUUGUUAUAUUCUUAUUAUUACUGUUACAACCAUUAUUUCAAUAUUAUUAUUAUUAUUAUUAUUAUUAUUAUUAUUAUUUAUUAUUACUAUUAUUAUUAUUAUAUUAUUAUUUUCAUCAUCAUUUUAUUAUUUUUAUUAUUAUUAUUUUAUUAUUUUUAUUAGUAUUAUUUUAUUAUUUUUAUUAUUAUUAUUUUAUUAUUUUUAUUAUUAUUUCAUUAUUAUUUUGUUAUUAUUAUUAUUAUUAUUAUUAUUAUUAUUAUUAUUAUUAUUAUUAUUAUUAUCAUCAUCAUCAUUAUCAUUAGUAUUACUAUUAUUAACAUGACUAUCAUUAACAUAAUCAUUAUCAUCAUAAUCGUCUUUAUUACUAUUAUCAUUAUAAUCAUUAUCAUUAUUAUCAUGAUUACUGUUAUCAUUACUAUUAUAACUGUUAUUGAUGCUGCUUUUAUUGUUGUUGUUAUUAUUAUUAUUAUUAUUAUUAUUAUUAUUAUUAUUAUCAUCAUCUUUGUGAUAUUAUUUACUAGGUAGUUGACAUUGGCUUUUUCGUAAAAUAUGUUCUUGAAGUUUUUAUUAGUUGGGUACCCACAGCAAUACGAGUGAGUAAUUAUUCAAAUAUAUAUGUUACCAAAAAUUGUAACAAUAUUGCCAGUGCUAAGUUCACACCUAUUUCCUUCCCUUUCCCAACAGAGCUUUUAAUUCUUUCUUGUUAUUCAUUUAGUACAACCUUUAUAUUAUAAUUUGGGAAUAUAACCAUAACAAAAGCUCUGUAGUUUCACUCUGUGUUUUAGUGAAGCAUAUAAAAAGCCUACUUGCUUUGAAUGUGUCCAAGACCUGUCCUGCAAUUUAUAAGCUUGCAAAUACAGUAUUAUUAUGAUUUUUUUGAGUAUUGUCUUUCUUAGGAGAACCAUACCCAUAUAUUCUGGACAAAAUACACAUGAUGUAAAUUAAGCACAAAUUAAUAUUCCAUGAGCAAAUGUGCUCAUAGGAAAAUUCUUUCAAAGCUAAUGAAAAUGGUCGUAAAGGAAUAAAAGAUAUCAAAGGAUAUUUUAAAUUUUCAUUAGCCUGUGAAGAAUAACUUAUUAAGUAUACAUAAAACAUGUACACUCAACUACUUGAGUUCUUAACCACCUAAAUAGCAUGUUUCUUGUUAAUAGAGCCAGUAACACUUGUGUAUGGGACUAGUAACUGUUUUACUAAAGUUCAGGGCAUUCUACUGUGUUCAUUUUCCAUGUACUGUCUCUAACACAGUGGUACCAGCUCAAAUAAUAAACUAAAUAGGUGACUGCAAUCACCCAUGUACAUAUUGAAAACUUAUAGUUAGUAACAUAUCUGAGUGCCAAAAAGGAUUACCUGCUUUCUUGAAUGAUUGAAGAGGCAAGAGGUAAUGGUAUUUAUUCUGGAAUGGUGUUGCAGAUGGAUAAAAAAAAAAAUGUAAAGGGACUAUGUUUACAAUUAUUAAAUUUACAUGGCUCAUAAUCUGUAAUCAUGUUCUAUGUUGACAAUCCAAUGACAAAGACAGUUUUUUUUCCUUUUUUUAACUCAUUUUUAACAGUAUAUAAAAAACCUCUACACACAUUUUAUUUUCUCUAUAUCCAAAGUUACCUGGAUAGCCUUUCUUCUUCUUCUUCUUCUGCUUCUGCUGCUGCUUCUUCUUCUUCUUCUUCUUCUUCUUCUUCUUCUUCUUCUUCUUCUUCUUCUUCUUCUUCUUCUUCUUCUUCUUCUUCUUCUUCUUCUUCUUCUUCUUCUUCUUCUUCUUCUUCUUCUUCUUCUACGUCAAUAUGAUAAUUAUGACAGAAACUGUUAAUGAUGGUAAAAAAGGAGUGAUAAUGUAUUGUCAUCAUCAACAUUUCCAUUCUCUCACUUCCUAAAAGGGAAAAAGAAUGAGUCGUCCAGCUUUUCCUGUUAAAAAUACCAUUUUUUGUAAUAUUGAGCAAAAAAGCAGAGCAGCUGAACAUUAUUACUUUAUGCAUGGGAAUUUAAAAGGACUUUUUGGAUUGCUGUUAUGUUCAAAGCCUAUUUUUGUUUUCUAUUAUUUUGAAAAGUUAGGUCUUUUGCAGUUUUACAGUUGUGAUUAUAAACUUGACUUUCUUAAGUCGUAUGGGAUCAGGUUUAAUUUAAGUUUAUGUUUUUCAUGUCAUACAAGACAAUGAAUUGAGUAGCCAGGAAUCAGUGGCUGUGCAUUGUGGAUUAAAUAUGCUUUGUGUUUAAUGUAAACCAACUCUUGAAGAUCUUCAGUUAUGAAAUAAAGGGCAUUUUAUUUCUGUUAUGUUUUGAUGUAGUGUUCAUAUCCAAAGAACAAAAGAAUAAUCAGUAAGUAAGUAAGGUAAGUAUUUUUUUAUCUUGAUAUUCAGUGACAGAUAAAAAAAAAUCAUGACUCUCUAAGAACCAUGAACUUUAUAUGUACAUUUAUUUGUAUUUCAGUUAUCUAAAAGACUAAGUCUUUUACUGUUGGUUCUUGCUUUCCUUUGUUCCUUAUUUUGUUGCUGUUAGUCAUUGUGUUAUGGAUUAAAAUAAGAUAUUGUAAACAGCUCAAACUUUAGUCUGCUGUGAUUUCUUCUGAAACAGAAUUGUAUUGGACUAUAUUUUAUCUAAUAAAUUUUUAUCCAAGUU